GUGUCUUCGGACCUCUGUAAUAAACUCCCAGACUUCGGUGCAUCCUUCUACGUCUUGGAAGCUGAGAGCAUAGUCCUUGCCAUCCGGUUCCGUCCAAACAAUCAAGGUAUCUAUAUCGUCCAUCCAAUAUCACCAGAAAUUCGACAAGGAAAGAGAGGGGAAUCAGGUCAGCAAGAGACGAUGACAAAAAUAAAAGAGGGGGAGGCGUUGAAAGAAGAUAUGCGCACCAGCUUGUCGUUGGUAAACAUCGUCUGCUCUGACCGUGAUUUGGAGCAAUACUUCUUGUGUCUCCUCCGAUUUGGCAAUAAGCUGGGCUUCGCGGACUUGCUCGUCAUAUUCCCCGGAACAAAAUGCCGUGCCGAGGUCUUUCCAUUGCUGUUCGACAAGUUCAUAGACCUGUCAGACGAAAGGGAGGGGGGGAGAUAG